AUGGCAUCAUUCGAAGCGAACAUUAGCCUGAACCAAUCGCGGGCAGCGUUCAUUGAACGCAUUUCAUGGGAACUGCUCACCGAAGAGGCGAAAGGCCUCACGAUUUCGAAUCUCCAGAGUCAACUCGAGAUCCUGGAGACUUACUGGGAGAAGUUCGAGAGCACACACGAGAAGCUCAUCGGGGGCAGUGGCAAGAUCGAAGGGGUCCUUGAACUGGCAUACUUCAAGGACAAAUGCUUCGAUCUUACCAUCGGUCGCUAUCAUGAGGCACGCGGAAUUCUGAAUCAGGUCAUUGACAAAAAGGGGGCAUCUGGCUCUUCUCGUCAGUCUAUCGCGCCUGGUACAGCUCAGCCCACCUACUCGAAGCGCUAUCUCCCGGAGAUUUCGCUGCCUAAAUUCGGAGGGGCUUACGCGGAUUGGCGCUCUUUUUGCGAUCAUUUUGCAUCCUUGGUCGGCUCAAGCACGGAUCUCUCCAACGUGGAGAAGAUGCAUUACCUCCGCACAAGUCUCUCCGGAGAGCCAGCUCAGCGGAUCGCGAACCUUACGAUCUCAGAUGAGUCGUUUUCAAUCGCUUGGGACCUGCUCUUAUCUCGCUAUGAGAAUACGCGACUGCUCAUUUCAGCUCAUCUGGAGCAACUCCUCAGUCCCCCAGCUAUGACAGCUCACAGCGCCAAGGAACUGAAUGCCCGUCUCACCACCGUCAGCGAAGCUCUGAAUGCUUUGGAAGCUCUGGGAUCUCCGACAGCUCAGUGGGAUCAGGUCAUCGUUCAUACGGUCUCACAAAGGCUCAGCUCAAAGCUUCGUGAGGCCUGGGAGGUUAAGGUCGGCUCAUCCUCGGAGUAUCCUUCUUUCAAGGAUUACAAGGAAUUCCUCACUGGGAGAGCACGUGCGAUGGAGAGUAUCGAGAUCAACUCGACUCCUCGUGCGACUACCACGAAGCCCACCACGUUCAGCUCAUCUAGGCAAGCACCAUCUGCGAAGGUUCACCACGGCACCGCUCAACCAACGCCGAGGUCUAGACCCGCUCAAAGGUCCGCUCCAACGGGGAAGGUCACGUAUCCGUGCUCCAUGUGUGAGGCGGAUCACUACCUCACGUCCUGCUCAUCCUUCCGUCAGCUCACCGUGCCAGCGCGUAGGGAGGUAGUGGAGAAGCGCUACCUCUACUACAACUGCCUGGAACGACACUCGGUCAGGGACUGCAGGUCAAAGACCACCUGCCAGUACUGUGGGAAGCUCCACCACUCGAUGCUGCAUAGCCAACCAUCGAGUCAGCCUCAACGUCCGGCUCAACAGAGGCAACAGACCAGCUCAACCCGGCCGAAACCUGUGCCGGUAGUGACCUACGUUCAGCAGGGGGACAGGACUGAGUCAACCCCAGCUCAUCAUGGGCAGACCAGAUCUGAGGCUCAUCAGCUCAGAUUGCCGUCUCCUGGUCAGCUCGUCAGUCAGCUCCUAGCUCAGCUCAAGAUAUCCGUCCUGGUGUUCUUCUGGCUACCAGCCUUGGGUUUUUGGUACGCCCAGACCGUCCAGCUCAUCAGGGUCUCUGCCGAUGCUCUCGGCCAGCUCACCAACUCGCUACCGACAUUCUCAUCAAGUCAGCUCACAUGGGAUCAUCUGGAGGAACUCCAGCUCGCUAAUCCUCACUUUCUCACGCCGGCGCUGAUUGACAUACUCCUCGGUGCUGACGUCUACGGACAGCUCAUCCAACCAGAGGAGGAAGUUCCGGAGGAACCAGAGGCUCAGCUCACAGAUCUCGAGGCUCAGUGCGAGGAGCACUUCAAACGCACUCAUUCAAGGGACAGCUCAGGGCGCUACGUUGUAGGACUUCCGCUCAUCGGUUCACCAGAACAGCUCGGUGACUCACGAUCGUCUGCUCUAGCUUGCCUUCAUCGACUGCUCAACAAAUUGUCUAAGGACGAGAACUAUCGACAGCUCUAUUCAGCCUUCCUCAAGGAAUACGAGGAAUUGGAUCACAUGCGGAGAGUACCCGGCUCUUCUAGUAGUUCAGCUCUCUCGGAUCAGCUCACGGGGGGCCGCAACGCCCCUGGAAUGACCUUGGCAGAUGAAGUUUCGGCUUCAGGAGGGUUGAGGGUUCCAGGCGGUACGUGGUCUCCUCAGGCCCAUUCCACGCCGGAGUACUUCUUCCCUCAUCACGGAGUUCUCAGGGCAAGCAGUGAGACAACGAAGCUCAGAGUCGUAUUCAACGGUUCAAACAAGACCAGCUCAGGACAAUCGCUCAACGAGAUCAUGCACACGGGAGCCAAGCUCCAAGCGGACAUCUCAGAUGUGCUGCUAUUCACGCGACGGCGCAAGCUCAUCUUUAUGACGGACAUCACAAAGAUGUUUCGUCAAAUUCGAGUGCAUCCGGAUGACUGGCCGCUCCAACAAAUUUUAUGGACCGACUCAAACGGAGAUAUCGUCAACUAUCAGCUCACCACGGUCACGUAUAGCACAAAGUCAGCUCCAUUUCUCUUCAUACGUGUAGCUCAUCAGCUCGUCGAGGAUGAAGGGUCGAAGUAUCCCCUCGCUGUGGAACCGCUCAUGAAAGGACGAUAUGUUGACGAUAUCUGCGGAGGUGCUGAUUCAGCUGAAGAACUACUCAGGACCGCUCACCAGGUGACGCAGCUCUGCCUGUCAGGAGGCUUUCCAUUAGCCAAAUGGCACUCGAAUAGCCCAGCUCUACUUACAUAUCUUCAACCUGACAGCACCUCUCAAGAUCAACGAUCCAUAGAGGACUCAUUCACCAAGAUUCUUGGGGUUUCUUGGCAUCCAGGAACGGACAAGUUCAAGUUCUCCAUCACUCAGACUGAGACCAGCUCAAUAACGAAGAGGAUCAUAUUAUCGGAGACGGCUUAA